GUUGGUGUGUUUAUGUUGUGUGUGGUACCUGGUGGAAUACCCUCAAGACAAGUGCUUGUAAGAUGAGGCCCUCAGAAAGAAACUUAAAACAAGUGUUGGCCAGAUGAGAUGGUCAGAGACACCCGUACAACAACUGCUCACGCUAAAGUGUACUCCGACCACACCAAGUAUAUUGAGGCUCUAAGUGCUACCUUCACCACUACUACUCUCAGCAUUAGCACAGAACUCUGGUUGCCAGAGCUACAAACACAAGUUGCUGUCACUGAUGUCCAAGAUAUAGAAGAAGUUAAGAAUAUCACCUUACUUGUAAUAAGGAUUGUUGCUGUGUGUAAGAAAGAGGAUCUAAUGGACCUGGACUCCUUCAUAGCUGCUAACAACUGGGAGUUGAACAAAUCUGCUAGCCUUUUACUGGAAGAAAUUCAUCAGGAAUGGCUGGCUAUGAAGAAGUCCUUCUUAUAUGAAGAGCAGAAUCCCUCAAGGCCACACGAGGACAUCCCAGUUUUUGUAAGUAAAGUGAAGGAAGCUAAGAAACACAGUGAUGGUGUUAACUGUAGCAGCAGCAGCAGCAGCAGCAACAGCAACAGCAGCAAAAGUAUUAGCAGCAGCAGCAGCAACAACAACAUCAGGAGCAGCAGCAGCAGCAACAACAACAACAAGAACAGCAGCAGCAGCAACAAGAACAACAACAGCAGCAGCAACAUCAUCAACAGCAGUGAUGUCAGACAAAAGAAUUGGAAAGUUAAGAAGAAAAUCACAAACGUUAAUACUAGCUGGCCUAGUGAAGGCUUAUGUCGGCAACAAACCGAUAGUCUGGAAAUCUUGAGAAAGAGGGGAAAUCGUCAACUUACAUGCAGUAUAUGUGGUCUCUUGUGUCAACAUAAUGCUCACUUUCAAAUUCAUAUGCGUACCCAUACUGGAGAAAAACCAUUCAAGUGCAGUUAUUGUGAGCGGGCUUUUGCUCAAAAGUCAGACUUGACAAAACAUGAGCGUAUUCACACGGGUGAAAAGCCAUUUAAGUGUGACAUAUGUGAGAAAGCGUUUGCAAUUGGUAAAUCACUGCAAGAUCAUCGGCGGCAGCACACAGGAGAGAAACCCUACGAGUGUAUUGAAUGUAAGCGAAGGUUUAGAAACUCUUCUGGGUUGAGUGAGCAUCGCAAAACUCACAGAAAGCAAUAUGAAAGAGAAAUGUUUAGCAAAGGGGACAAAAGGAAACGUGGAGCAGCCAGAUGUAAUUAUUGCUCCAAGAGUUACUCCAACAGGCAAAAAUUGCUCUGUCACAUCAGAAUGGUACACACAAAAGAUGUCCCAUAUCAGUGUGCUAAAUGCCAGACAUGCUAUUCUUCAAUAUACUCUCUGUGUCUACAUGUAAGUGUCACUCAUGGGCACACACUGCCACAGCAAGAGAGUCUGAUGAUCCCAUCAUACAAGUGCUCGAGAUGUAUGUCAAAAUUUACUUCUCAAGUAGCAUUGAUUAAACACAUGCAAGACUGUGAACACAAAUAUUUUACAUGCGAUGUUUGUGAUGUAACAGUUGAGGACUUGGAGCAACUUAUUAACCACCGCUGGCAGCACACAGUGACACAAGAAUGCCAGCUAAUGGAGAAACGUAAAAAAAUAAGCAAAACGGCUUUCUGCAAGGGAAUGAAAAAGCUGGGUGGGAAUGGACAAAAUAAUAAGAUAAAAAAAAUUAAUAUAAAAAAGCAAAGGGAUGAAAUUUUGCCUGGAAAAUUGAGAGUGAUGACCAUCCUUCCCAUUGAAGCUUUUAAGGAAUUGUCUGGAGAUGUGUCAGUUAAUGACAUUGCUGCUGAUGAUGUCGUUGGAAAGCAGGAACUGGGAGGCACAGCUGCUCUUCGUAAAAUCAGAAGAAUGUCCACGUACAACAUGAACCCUCUUGAUUCACCUCCAGUAAUGAUGGGCACAGAUUACGUAUUCCGAAGUUGUAAUAAAAAAGAGAAAAAUAAACGAAUGUCUUUGUUGGCUAACAAAAAGCCUUCAAAACAUGAGUCACUAAAAAUGAGACAAAUGUCAGACUAUGGCAACAGAUCGACACCCGAGACAGAACUGCACACGUUACCAAGUUACUGCAACUCUCUGUCUUUGCCUAAAGUAAGAGAAGAGGACCAUCACUCCAUGCACCAGAAGAUCCUUUGUUCGUAGGUGGAGGUACACAAGGAUGGGAUGCUCACUACCUCGAUGAAGGCAUUGACAUAAUUUCCAUUUGAGAAGCUUAUGUAAGUUGCCAGUGCUCAAGUUCUAAUUGUAUCAUUCAAUUAAAAAUAAUGAUGCAGUGUUCAUGAGCAUAUAAUUUUUGUUGUUACUUUUCCCAUGAUGUAGGAGGGAGAGUAGUGUAGUGUAGUGUAGUCUGUGAUGACUUACUCUUUAGGAUUGUUGUUUGUGGUUAGAGGAGCAGCUAUGCUCAUGGUGUCCCCUCAUGUAAAUGUUUCCAGUAGUUGUAGCUUACAUUGCUACUCUUAGCUAUACCACUCCAGCUAUCUAACACUAUGUGUAAAACCAUAAUUCAUAAGCAUUCUUUCCUUGCUGCACUUUUCAUAAUUUUAAAUUGUAGUUUCUUGGAUUUUCUUAUGAUAUCAAGAAAUAUUCUUUACUUAUUUUCAAACAUAAUUUGAUGAACUUGUAUGUGGUAUGAUACCUUGUUUGCUCUUCCUCCUCUGCUACCAUAUUAACAUGCUAAAGUGAUUUCUGUCUUAAUUCAUUCUUCAUAUUUCAUAAGACUGGGAUCUAUUAUGUGGCACAUCUUCGAGAUUUUUAAGGUGCAAACAUCAUUUUCUCAUAUACAUUCAAAUUUAGGCCCAAAAUAUGUUGAUUUUUUAACAUUUUGUUAUAUAUGUACGUAUUUCAAAUCUAUUUUGAAGUACAUCAGUAGUGUGUAACAGAUGUUUCUCAGUAAAGUAUAGAUAGCAUUUAAAGUCAUUACCAAUUGUCUAUUUUCACACCAGGAUCAUAUUUUCUAAUGUUUGUAGAAUUUUAUCUCAAUAUAUAAUCUUUAUUGGAUCAUAUUUUUCCUUCCAGUUAUUUCCAUUAUGUUACCCUUUAAUUCAUGUUAUUUUGUUCUCAGUUUGUUUAAAUCUUCUUGCCAGGUUGACUCUUGUUUUCAUGUUCCAUUUUGAAUAUGAUUUGUCGAAAAUGUCAGCAUAUUCCUUCUGGCACAUCCCCUAGACUGUGUAGUCCCACUGUAGUGACUGAUCCAUGGAUGUAUGGACCCCACUGUAGUGACUGAUCCAUGGAUGUAUGGACCCCACUGUAGUGACUGAUGCAUGGACCCCACUGUAGUGACUGAGCCAUAGAUGUGUGGACCCCACUGUAGUGACUGAUCCAUGGAUGUAUGAACCUCACUGUAGUGACUGAUCCAUGGAUGUAUGGACCCCACUGUAGUGACUGAUCCAUGGAUGUAUGGACCCCACUGUAGUGACUGAUCCAUGGAUGUAUGGACCCCACUGUAGUGACUGAUCCAUGGAUGUAUGGACCCCACUGUAGUGACUGAUCCAUGGAUGUAUGGACCCCACUGUAGUGACUGAUCCAUGGAUGUAUGGACCCCACUGUAGUGACUGAUCCAUGGAUGUAUGGACCCCACUGUAGUGACUGAUCCAUGGAUGUAUGGACCCCACUGUAGUGACUGAUCCAUGGAUGUAUGGACCCCACUGUAGCAACUAACUCAUGGAUGUGUAAGUGCAAGCACUGUACUUCACACCUACAGAACUGGGAUACAGGCUAACCAGUUUAUCUGAAAGCCUUAAUAGAUGUUGCCCUGCUUACACUCCAUGAGCACAUCAGAUGUCAAAAAUCACUUGUAUCUGUUCACUGUAAUCUAACGUGCUUGUGAAUGCUUACUGGGUGUUCAAGUUCCUACCACUUGAAACUUUUAUACUCUCCUGCCAACCCUUGGAGUGUGCCAUUCAUCUAUUCCAGCUUUAUACACACUCUUGGUCCACUUACCUUGCUGGACCAUCUUUCUAAAUGAUCACACCAUCUCAACAACUCUUCUUGUUGACUUACUGUGCAUGAGGUUUUGAUAUAUCAUAACUCUUUAAUUAUAAAAUAUUUACUUAAAGUUAGAUAGUUGCUACAACUCGGAGUUGUUGUUUUUAUUAUUUUAUUAUUAUUAUUUAUUUAUUUUUAGUUAACUCAGCAGCCAUCUCCUGCCAAGGCAGGGUAACUCGAGAAAUAAAAUAUAUUCACCAGUAUUUAUUCGGUUAGCUUUUUUCCAAUACAGUGGAACCUCGGUACUCGAACAGCUCCCUACUUGAACAAUUCGGUAUUCCGAUGCUUUGUUCGGUAAAAAAAUUAGCUCAGUAGUUGACUGUUUGCUCGGCACUCGACCAAAAAUGACCUGCCAGAACGUCGCUGUAAACUAUUUCGUGUUUCUUUGCAUUUUUUGGUGCUUUUGUAUAUUAUCUGUAUAAAUAAGUCACUAUGGGGCUUAAGAAGAUUAGUGAUAACAGCCAACAAAAAAGAAAAUUGGUUAGGAAAAAUUCGUUUGGUACACCUACCAUCUGACUUACGGCCUGCUCGACUUACGACCACUCGACUUACGACCAUAUUUUUUAUGCCAAAUUUCUGGGAAAUGAACAACUAUUUGUAUUGUACACAGUGUUUAUCCUAAACCUUACAGUAUAAAAUACAGUACUAACAACAUAAAAAAGUAAAGUAAAACAUGAAAUACCAAAAUAAAACAAUAAAAUAAAGUCAUUACAAAAAUAUUUUGUUGAUAUUCAGUAGUAAAGUUCGACUUAUGACCAUUUCGGCGUACAACCGGUUUCUCGGAACCGAACUUGGUCGUAAGUCGGAUGGUAAGUGUACUUGAAAAGAUUGGCACUUGAACAGCCUCCUGGAAUGAGUUAAGUUUGAGUACCGAGGUUCCACUGUAGUAGUCUAUUUUUUUUUUUUUUUUUUCAACAAGUCAGCCGUCUAAUAUCACUGACAAAUUACUCUCUGACUGUAAGAUGUAACAUCCCCCACCCCUU